AUGCCACAGUUCAGAUACUCCGAUCUCCCCCCAGGAAAUGACAGGACCCGCCUGCUUCGCUUGUUGCCAAACGAAGACAACACUGCCCCGAUAAGAUGUCAGCUUCUCAACCAUUCUCUCCAGAAAAAUAGAAAUGGAGCUCACCUAUACGACGCCUUAUCUUACGUGUGGGGUGACCCAGCCAAGUCACAGGUCAUCUAUAUAGAGGACGGGGAGUUCAAGGUGAACCAGAAUCUCCAUUCGGCGCUUCGACGACUUCGUGAUCCUACAUUCGAGCGGAUACUAUGGGUCGAUGCCAUUUGUAUCAACCAAGGCGACGAUAGAGAAAAGGAACGACAGAUCCAGUCGAUGGGAAAGAUAUAUGCUGGGGCGAAUCAAGUGGUGGUCUGGCUUGGCGACGAGGCUGACAAGAGCAGUGACGCUAUGGACAGCAUUCGUGCGAAGGCUGCAGGCUCAUAUGGAGUAUCUGAGUACAGAAAUGCGAGCAUAGACGAGGCAGCGUGCAGUAAGCUGUGUGAGCGGCCUUGGUUUCGGCGUAUUUGGGUGGUUCAAGAGGUUGGCCUAGCAGGAAAUAUUCGGAUUUUGUGUGGUUCUGCCGAAAUAAACGGACACGCAUUCGCCAUGGCCUUAAGAAGAGAUAGAAAUCCCGCCGUGCGCGCUAUGGCUGAUAAUAUCGGACAAGCGAUCUUUCGACCCCAAAAUGGGAUAUCUCCGCUGAAACAACUCUCCUUGGGAGAAUUAAUCGAUGGAUAUCACACCCACGACGCUACUCUCCGUCAUGAUAAGAUAUAUGCCCUCCUCGGCAUGAGCUCCGAUGGCUUGAGUGUAAAAGGUCUAUUGCCGAACUAUGAACUCCAGUGGGAGGAACUGUUCGAACGACUAAUGAAGUAUGUCCUGAGUGCCAAGGUGACCGUCAGAAUUGGACAGGAUAAAGAUACUGCAGUCAUCCAGGCGAAGGGAUGGGUUCUAGGUAUAGUACAUGCAGUAGAAAGGGAUGACUGGAAUCGCCAAAAGCUAUCGAUGUAUUUGACCGGAGACUGUGUCGGGAAAACGAAACAGAAAAUCGGAAACUGGGAAACGAAAUUGACUGUCCGAGAUUCGGCCAAAGACGUCCGAAGAGGUGACAUUCUUUGCAUUUUACAGGACGCUGCUGACCCGAUCAUUAUCCGACACUUUCAGCAUUAUUUCGAGAUCAUUCUGUUCAGAACGAAUUGUCCGCCGAGUAUAUGGCCGAAGGUCUUUCCCUCGGGAUAUAAACGAGACAGGGAGGAUCGGUAUGCGCGAAACUUCUAUCUGGUCUGGAGCUGGAAACCAUCCUCGAUGGACACAGAUUCUCUGGUGUCAACGCGUUCCGGGACAAUUCCGGGGACAGAUCAGAUGCUAUGGGACGCGAAUCUCAUCUUGCACGAUACAGCAGAUGGUUACAGAGCAGCCAGGGGUGUGGCAAUUGAGUAUUUAGCUGAGAUGCUCAAGUUAUUCGCGAAAAGGCUGGGCCAUGAGCAUCCAAAAACACAGUUGGCUGUGUAUGGACUUGGCCUACUGAGUGCGGGGGUGUCGCUGCGUACCAGGUUCGGUAGAGAACUAAAAACCAUAUAUUUGGAUGAGGACCUGCUGAGGAAGGUAGGAAAUGGCUUUUGCAUCUGGAGGUAUCUGGAUGAUGAGCGGUUUACUACUGGAAAGCUGCUCGCCCCUCCCUUGCGUCAGGAAAAAAUGGAACCUGUGUUAAAAGCAGCUAAUCGGAGAGAUUGCUAUAAUUUAUAA